AGUCCUGAGGACCUGGAGGCGGGCGUCAGCCCUCAAGAGCGGGAGUGCUCUUCUCUCCGAGGGGGUCAGAGGAGCGGGGAGGGUGACGCAGAGGGGGGCCUUUGCCUGGAGACGUCAUCUGGCUUUUAUAAAAGGGAUGUGACCAAGGAGCUGGUGAGAGCAAGCCCAGGAGCCCAGCUCCCCUUCCUCCAAGUGGUCUCCCACCUAAGCAGUGUCAUCACCUUGGAGACCUCAGGGACCUCGUGGAGCUCCUUCUGGGCCAGGACAAGGUCACUGCCAGAACCUGCAUCUUCUCACCAGGAUGAAUGCACUGGUUUUUUGGCAGCUGAUGUUCUUUCUUUGGGCCACUUCCUUCAAGGAGACAUUAGAAAAAGUGGCACCCAUGGAGAAUCCUAGAUCUACAGGCCCGCGGCCCAUUCCGCCGCCGCUCCAGGCUCCCUGGGAGCAGGGCCCGCGGUGUGCGGAAAGAAAGCCCGCUGCCGCCGAGGCGAACCCUCGGGGGACCUCAUCGUGCCAGCCUCCCGAGAGCUCCUCGGGGCCCCAGCGGCCAGACCUGUGCGCCCCCCGCAGCCGCCUGAUCCCUGCCCCGCGGGGCGCGGUGUUAGUGCAGCGGGAGAAGGACCUGUCCGCCUACAACUGGAACUCCUUCGGCCUGCGCUACGGCAAGCGGCAGGCGGCGCCGCCCGGGAGCCGCAACCGAGGCGCCGGGCGAGGCUGAGACCUUCAAACCCGGGAGGCGGGUCCAAGCAUGGGGGCGGGGCGGGGGCGGGGAAGUGGGAGGCGCUUGGAAUUUCAGCCUGAAACAAUAAAGGAAGUGCAGUGCGACUCAC